GUCGCUACAGGUUUAUCAGAUCAUCUUAUCAACAGCCAGGGUGAUGGAAAAAAUAUUCAGAUCCAGCUCAUGGGGGCCGUACCCUAGAGCUAGAAGGGCCAUAAUUAAAAAAUCACUUUCCCAGCAAGAGAAGGUCGAACAAGGGGGUUACGUAAAAGGCAUGUGUUCGGGCCAUUGAGACACGAGAGUAGAGUCUCAUUCAGCAAAUAGGCCGGUAUGGCUCCGCUUGAUCGUUAUCAGAUCCGUAUCCCAAGUCGUAUCAGAUCCGAAGAAGGGGUUGCAACCGAUGUCGGGAACGCAAUACUCUUUCUCUGUGUGUCUUCACAGAAAGCCCCAGAGCACGUCCGGGGCGCGCCAAGGGAUCUUGGCUAUUGCCUGAAUUUUUUUCCCCGGCCAGUCGGGUAUGGGUGUCGUGCUCGUUGAAAUAUGUUGGGCCUCGCUGUUUUUUUCGCCCUCCCGUUUCUGUUCCUCCUGGUACCUAGGGAAGCCGGCUCUGGAAGACGAGACAGCACGCCUGGUUGGGCCAUCCUCGUCAAUAUAGGAGGCAUCGUUAACCAUGGCAGGAGAAAAAGCUAGCCCGCCAGCCGAAAGUCAGGCUGAUGGCCAGGCCGAAACUGCAACGACGAAGGAGAGAACCGCCUGGCAGAAAAUACUGACAUUCAUCCAACUAUUCGUCUGCACAGAGCCAACAUGGCUAGACGUAGGUCUCAUGGCGGUUGGUCUGGUCUGCGCAAUUGCGGCCGGUAUCCCCUAUCCGCUCAUGGGUAUCCUCUUCGGCGAGCUCCUCGAUAACCUCAACUCGGCGACGUGUAGCGUCGACGCCAAUCUCGAUGCUUCUGGGUAUCAAGACACGAUCAACGGCAUUAUAGUCCAGCUUGUGAGCAUCGCUGCCGCCCAGUUCGUCCUCAUUUACUGCCACUCCGUGUGCUGGAACAUCCAGUCCCAGCGCCUGAUGCACAGGCUCAGGGAUCGGUAUUUCAAGCAUCUGCUCCGUCAGGAACCAAGUUUUUUCAAUAACCGACAUGCCGGCGAGGUGAGCGCCCGAUUAGACGAGGAGUUUACUGCCAUCCAGACGGGUACCAGCGAGAAGGUGGGACGAAUGAUCGGCCAGUUAAGCUUCUUCGUCACGGCCUACAUUGUUUCUUUCAUCAAGCAACCCGUCCUAGCGGGCAUCCUCGUCUCGCUCGUCCCCGCUUUCCUCCUCAUGACCGUGACCGGAAGCCAUUUUUUCAAGAAGUUUGCCGGGAAGUCCGCCGAGUCAUUCGCCUCCGGCAGCUCCAUCGCGUCCGAGGCGCUUUCGCACAUAUCCGUCGUCCAAGCAUUCGGCGCCGGUCCGAGGCUCGAGGCAAAGUUCGCGAGACACAUCGCGCUCGCGCGCAAGUUCGGUAUCAAGAAAGCCCUCGUGGCUGGCACUCAAGCUGGCCUGCUAUACUUCAUCGCUUAUAGCUCGAAUGCCCUGGCGUACUGGCAAGGAAGUCGCAUGAUUUCCGAUGCACUUAAUGGCAAGGGAAAUACGACAGUUGGUCAGGUAUAUACCGUCGUGUUCCUGCUCGUUGAUGCCUGCAUCAUCCUGGGUGGACUUGCUCCCCUUUUCCCAAUUUUCGGAGCCGCCUCGGCCGCCUACGAGAGACUCCGAGGGGAUAUGGAGCACAUAUCAUCUAUCGACGGCAUAUCUGACUCUGGCCAUAAACUUCCCUGGGAUACCGCCGGUUCGAUCGAAUUACGCGAUGUAUCUUUCGCGUACCCGUCCCGACCCGAGAAUCCAGCUUUGAAAAACGUGAACUUGAUUUUCCCAGCAGGGAAGCACACUGCCAUAGUCGGUCAGUCAGGAAGCGGAAAAUCCACGAUUGCAGCACUGCUCAACCGUCUUUACAACCCGAGCAGCGGUACGAUAUUGUUUGAUGGUGUCGACAUCGGGUCUCUCAAUGUUCGUAAUCUACGAGGAUUUGUGAGCUUGGUCCAGCAGGAAUCCGAGCUAUUCGACCGCUCUAUCUUGGAAAAUAUUGCGCUCGGCCUCGUGAACUCUCCGCGCCCUGAGCACGAGAGCCUUAAGUCCGCGAUCCUAGGACCCGAGCUGCAGCGCUUCGUUGCUGAAAGCAACGGUGAUGUUCUGAACGAGGCAGCGAGCAGAGGGGGUGCCAUCGCGGAGAUCGCGACCUUGGUGAAAAGGGCGGCCGGCUUGGCCGACCUCUCCUUUAUUGACAGCCUUGAGCUAGGAUACGGCACCCAAGUUGGCGGCAGCGGAAAGCUUGUGAGCGGUGGGCAGCGGCAGCGUAUCGCCCUAGCAAGAGCGCUCAUCCGUGACCCUAAGAUAUUGGUUCUUGAUGAAGCGACAGCGGCGCUAGACUCGGCCACAGAGAAGAAAAUCCAGGCCGCCAUCGACCGUGUGGCUGUUGGCAGAACUGUCAUUUCCAUCGCGCACCGACUAUCCACCAUCAAGCGCGUCGACAACGUUAUCGUCAUGCGAGACGGUGAAGUGGUUGAAGAGGGCACUUAUCAAGGACUCCUAGAGCAAGACGGGGCUUUCGCCCAUCUAGCCGCCCUGCAAGGACUGAAUAGCUCGACUGGAAAGACCUCGGAACUAUCGUCCCUAAAUAACGCGGAUAUGGAAUCCCUAGAUGAUACGAUAGGGAAUCGAAAGUCGACCUCGUCGACUGCGACCAAAGAAGAGGUGACAUCGGAGAAGCCCGACCACCCGGAAGUAAAAGACGUUGACGUCCCUGUGCAAGCUACACCCGAUGGUAUCGACGACUCUCUCCCCUCUAGCAAGGUCAUUACUGGUAUGGGCUGGUUGGUCAGGCCAGACUAUGGCUGGUUGCUCCUCGCUGUGCCCACCGCCAUCAUAGUCGGCUGCACGUUCACGGCGAUGGGCCUGAUAUUCGGCCAUACCGUUAGUGCUCUCAGCUCCUGCGGCCCUACCGUGUCAAACAUCUUGUACCUGGGCCAGUUCUUUGGUGGCCUAGUCUUCAUGAUGGCGGUAGUCGAAUUUUUCGCCAACGUAGGCAGCUGGUCAGCAUUCGGUCGAGUGUCGGAGAACCUGGUCUACCGAGUCCGUGUCCUAAGCUUUAGGACUUUGAUGGAACAGAGCGUCGAAUGGCAUAACUCUGACAAUAGGACACCGACCUCUCUACUAGGCGUGAUCACAAAGGACGGUGCCUCGUUGGCGGCGUUUAGCGGAAGCAUCAUCGCCACCACCUUCUCGAUUCUGGUCAACUUUUUCGUGGCCAUCAUCGUGUCUCAUAUCUUCGCAUGGAAGAUCGCGAUCGUCUGUCUCGCCAUGGUGCCCCUAUUGCUCGGGGCGGGAAUUCUCCAGAUCCGCGCGACCUCCAAGUAUCAGGAGAGGAAUCACAAAGCAUACGUCAAUGCGAUCGGGAUUACCGUAGAGGCGGUCAACCAAAUCAAGACUAUAGCGAGCUUCUCGCUCGAGGAUGAGAUCGUCAGCAGGUACCGAAGAGCGUUGAAAGGCCCGCGGUCAGACAUGAUCAAGGAAAGCUUUCACACUUGCGUCUACCUGUCUAUCUCCAAUAGUACGGGCUUCUUCAUAUACGCGCUUUCGUAUUGGUGGGGCUCGCAGCUCAUCAUACGAGGCGAGUACAACCAGACACAAUUCUACGUCGUGCAGAUCUCCAUGCUAGUUAGCGCGGCACUCUGGGGUCAGAUGUUUUCUCUCGCCCCUGAGUUCUCCCGCGCCAAGAGCGCAGCGUCGAGGACACUAAGCCUCAUCAACCUCGGUAGCGACAAGAAGCUUAUUAAACCGUCGCGAAUUCUGGCGCUGAGCGACGGCGAUUCGGAGAGGCGGGAGCAGAACCGCGACGUUGAAGCCGAAGGAGAGAGUCAGACGUUGAGGACGAGCCCGCCGUCGACCACAGGUAUGAGCAUCGGGUUCCGCGACGUCCACUUUGCCUACCCGACUAGGUCGGAGCAGCCGAUUCUCAAGGGAAUUUCCUUCACAAUCCAGCCCGGCCAAUUCGUCGGCCUUGUGGGGCCUUCGGGAGCCGGGAAGUCGACCAUCAUGGGCCUGAUCCAGCGGAUGUACGCGCCAUCCGCGGGCACGAUCGAGGUCAAUGGCGCCGACAUAAACCUGCGACAGGGCGCGGACUUCCGUGACAACAUCGCCGUCGUACCGCAAGAUAAUGCACUCUUCAACGGCAGCAUCAAGUUCAACGUGGGUCUCGGCGCCCGCCCGGGACACGAAGCGAGCGAUGCUGAAAUCGAGGAAGCGUGCCGCAUGGCUAACAUCCACGACACUAUCGCCGCGCUGCCGCAGGGCUACGAUACGGAGUGCGGAGCCAACGGGUCGCGGCUGUCGGGCGGCCAACGGCAACGCCUCGCCAUCGCACGUGCGCUGGUGCGCAACCCAAGCCUGCUGCUCCUGGACGAGAGCACCAGCGCGCUGGAUGCCGAGAGCGAGCGGGCGGUGCAAGUCGGGCUCGAGAAGAUCGCACGACGGAUGACGAUCGUCGCGAUAACGCACCGCCUGCACACGGUGCAGAAGGCCGACGUAAUCCUAAUGGUGGAGGACGGCAGGAUCGUAGACAAGGGCAGCCAUGGAGAGCUGAUGGAGCGCAACGAGAGUUACCGGAUCAACGCUUUACAGCAGAUGUUGCAAUAAGGUGCGAACCCUGCCAAUCUUAUGUUUCCCUCUUCGCUUUUGCGCUGCGGAGCUGUAUAUCUCGUGGGCGCGCGCGCGCGUAUUGUGUCAUGUAUGUAUGGGUGGGAGGUGGGCGAAUCUCAG